CCGGGCGGGGGCGGCUGCGCGGGCGGGAGUGUCCCUGCUUGGGGCGGCCGAGCCCCAGCAGGCAGUGCAAGAAUCCAGUCCUCCGGCCGUGCUGGCUGCGCCGUCCUCCGCGAGCACCGGCAGCUCGGGACGGCGUGCGGCCCAGCAAAGGCUCCUGCUCCGCCCGCCCUCCGCGCCGCAGGGGCCGCCGCCGCUUGCGCCCCCCGCCCGGGAUAGAGCGGCCGCGCUCCUCCGAGAAUAAUCCAGAGCUUACCCUGCUUUCAGAAACAUCUCUGUGGGUUCCCAGCCUGUCUUGCCCUAAUAUUUUUGCCAAAGGCAAAGAAGAUAAAAGAGGUACACAAUCUUCAUAGCACAGGUUCCUGGCUCCACCUGCAUCACUAUUGCCAAUGACUUACUGGUCGCAGUAAAUGCAGGUUGAUAAAGGUGGCCUGUUGAAGAACAGGUUAUCCAUCUGACUGCUGAGGAAGCCAGUGGCUGGUCCUGUGCCCUAAGAGCGCGACGUUGAACCAGAAACUGAAAGAGACUUCUUCCACUAGAAGCAAGAUGGCUGAACUCAAUACUCAUGUGAAUGUCAAGGAAAAGAUCUACGCAGUUAGAUCAGUUGUUCCCAACAAAAGCAAUAAUGAAAUUGUCCUGGUGCUGCAACAGUUUGAUUUUAAUGUGGAUAAAGCUGUGCAAGCCUUUGUGGAUGGCAGUGCAAUUCAAGUUCUAAAAGAAUGGAAUAUGACAGGAAAAAAGAAGAACAAUAAAAGGAAAAGAAGCAAAUCCAAGCAGCAUCAAGCCAACAAAGACGCUAAAGACAAGUUAGAGAGGCCUGAGGCAGGGGCCCUACAGUCACAGGCACUACAGAUGCAGAACGGCCAUGUGAAUGACUGUGAGAAGGAUGGCUCAUCCACAGACUCUGCUGGAGAAAAAAUAGCCUUCACCCCACGUGAGAAAAAGAUCUCAAUAUUCGAGGAAGCACCAAAGGCUCUUCGUGGGAUUGCAGAAGGCAACAGACUACUGCAGAAACUGUCCUUAGAUGGGAACCCCAAACCUAUACAUGGAACAGCAGAGAGGUCAGAUGGCCUACAGUGGUCAGCUGAGCAGCCUUGUAACCCAAACAAGCCUAAGGCAAAAUCAUCUCCUGUUAAGUCUAAUGUCCCUGCAGCUCAUCUUGAAAUAAAGCCAGAUGAGCUGGCAAAGAAAAGAGGCCCAAAUAUUGAGAAAUCUGUGAAGGAUUUGCAGCGCUGCACUGUUUCUCUAACUAGAUACCGUGUCAUGAUCAAGGAAGAAGUGGACAGCUCUGUGAAGAAGAUCAAAGCGGCUUUUGCUGAAUUACACAACUGCAUCAUUGACAAAGAAGUUUCCUUAAUGGCAGAAAUGGAUAAAGUUAAAGAAGAAGCCAUGGAAAUCCUAACUGCCCGUCAGAAGAAAGCAGAAGAACUAAAGAGACUUACUGAUCUAGCCAGUCAGAUGGCAGAGAUGCAGCUGGCCGAACUCAGGGCAGAAAUUAAGCACUUUGUCAGUGAGCGCAAAUAUGAUGAAGAGCUGGGGAAGGCUGCCCGAUUCUCCUGUGACAUCGAACAGCUGAAAGCCCAAAUCAUGCUCUGUGGAGAAAUUACACAUCCAAAGAACAACUAUUCCUUGAGAACUCCCUGCAGCUCCCUGCUGCCACUGCUGAAUGCCCAUGCAGCAACCUCUGGGAAACAGGGCCACUUUGCCAGGAAAGCAUUCAAUCAUAACAAGCCCUCUGAAGGUAAAGCAGCAAACCCAAAAAUGGCAAGCGGUCUUCCCAACACUGCCGACCACUGUCACCAGACCAUGCCACCUAACAAGCAGAAUGGACCUUCUAGCCAAAGACGAAGAUUUAAUCCACAGUAUCACAACAACAGGCUAAAUGGUCCAGCCAAGUCACAGGGCAGUGGAAACGAAGCUGAUCCCAUGGUGAAGAACAACAACCGGCAUGAACAUAGAAGACCACCACACAAUGGCUUCCGUCCCAAAAAUAAAGGUGGUGCCAAAAACCAAGAGGUCCCCUUGGGGGCAAAGACCCCAGAGGCGGCCCCAGCACAUUCUGAAAAGCCCCGUCGAAGGCAGCAUGCUGCAGACAACUCAGAGGCCAGGCCUUUCCGGGGCAACGUUGGUAGGGUUUCACAGUGCAAUCUCUGUCCCACAAGAAUAGAAGUUUCGACGGAUACCGCCGUUCUUUCGGUCCCAGCUGUGACAUUGGUGGCCUAAGCUAGGAAAGAAUUGAGCAGUUUCUGCUCAGUUUUCGUUCCCUGCCCGAGGUGCUGACCCAAUUCGCUGCCAAAAGAGAGUCAAUCAGAAUAUACGAAUCCUGUAUGUUUAUGUCAUUCUCUCUUAAUCAUUUUUACUAAUUCUAAUACUCAGCUCUAGCUUGCUUCGUAACUUUCAUGGCUUUGCUUGAUCUGUUGGCUUUUCCUCAUCAUGACUUUGGAGCAUUUUAGCCAGGCAGUAUUUACUCAUUAGGAAAAUCAAGGUGUGGCUAAAGAUCAGAGGCUCAGUUAGCAACCUAUGUUGUAGCUGUGAUGUCAAUCCAUUGAUUGUCUUUAGGGAAUUAAUGUUGAAAAUCAGACAAACGUGAUCCACUGAAGAUUCAUGUGCUUUUGUAGAAUUUAACAUCUGGUGUUUUUUUGAAAUAUAUAUAUAUAAAUAUACAUAUAUUGCUUUAUUUGAAACAAAUUAAAAUAUACUGCAUUUGA